AAGUACUUAAACAACUGAGUUAGAUCCUCUGUUUACAUUUACAAACCCAAAAAGCUUAUAGUGGGCGGCAACUACACAUAAAGAUCAAACUUUUUUGCUUUAUUUUACUUUUUUCUCUCUUUUUAAAUUUUUGGUUCUAUCAAAUUUCAUUGCUUACACUAAGCAAACACACACCCAGUUUUUCUUUUGCUAUAUCUAAUCCAUUCUUUGAUUCAUUUGGUCACUACCCAGUUGAGGUUUCAGAGAUUUUUAUAGGGUUUUGUUAUGGCAGCUCCUAAACCAGAAGAGAUUAGUCACCCAGCAAUGGACCAACUUCAGGGUUUAGAGUACUGUAUUGACUCUAAUCCAUCUUGGUGUGAAGCCAUAGCUUUGGGGUUUCAGCAUUACAUUUUAGCAUUAGGAACUGCUGUUAUGAUCCCAUCCUUUCUUGUUCCAUUAAUGGGUGGAACUCAUGGUGAUAAAAUAAGAGUGAUACAGACUCUGCUAUUUGUUGAAGGGAUCAAUACAUUACUACAAACACUAUUUGGAACAAGAUUACCAACUGUGAUUGGAGGGUCUUAUGCAUUUAUGGUCCCUAUCAUUUCAAUUAUUCAUGACCCUUCUUUAAUGAACAUUCCUGACGAUCACAUGAGAUUUCUUUAUACCAUGAGAGCAGUCCAAGGGGCUUUAAUAGUAUCAUCAAGCAUACAAAUAAUUUUGGGGUACAGUCAGCUGUGGGCCAUUUGUUCCAGGUUUUUUAGUCCUCUUGGAAUGGUUCCAGUCAUUUCAUUGGUGGGAUUUGGUCUGUUUGACAGAGGCUUCCCUGUGGUUGGAAGAUGUGUGGAGAUUGGCAUCCCCAUGCUUAUCAUGUUCAUGGCAUUUUCCCAGUAUUUGAAGAACUUUCAGACGAAACAAUUACCAAUACUAGAGCGGUUUGCUCUCAUCAUAUCAAUCACAGUGAUAUGGGCAUAUGCGCAUCUUUUGACAGCCAGUGGAGCAUACAAACACCGUCCAGAGCUUACUCAAGUUAACUGUCGAACCGACAAGGCCUUUCUCAUUUCUUCUGCUCCAUGGAUAAAGAUUCCAUAUCCGCUGCAGUGGGGUGCUCCAACUUUUGAUGCUGGCCAUUGUUUUGGAAUGAUGGCUGCUGUUUUUGUCUCAAUGAUUGAGUCAACUGGAGCAUACAAAGCUGCUUCACGUCUCGCUAGUGCUACACCACCUCCAGCUCAUGUGCUUAGCCGCGGAAUUGGCUGGCAGGGUAUUGGUAUCCUACUGAACGGACUCUUUGGAACAUUGAGUGGCUCAACCGUCUCUAUAGAAAAUGUGGGGUUGCUCGGAAGUACUCGUGUUGGUAGUCGCAGAGUUAUCCAAAUCUCAGCUGGUUUUAUGUUAUUCUUCUCGAUGUUAGGAAAAUUCGGAGCUUUGUUUGCAUCGAUACCUUUUCCUAUAUUUGCUGCUGUCUAUUGUGUUUUGUUUGGUCUUGUUGCUUCUGUGGGGCUAUCAUUCUUGCAAUUCACGAAUAUGAACUCAAUGAGGAACCUUUUCAUUGUCGGUGUUGCUUUUUUUCUUGGUUUAUCUGUGCCUGAGUACUUCAGAGAAUACACAGCUAAAGCCUUUCAUGGUCCUGCUCAUACAAAAGCUGGAUGGUUCAAUGAUUUCCUGAACACAAUCUUCUUCUCAUCCCCAACUGUUGCGAUGAUUGUUGCGGUUUUCCUGGACAACACGCUGGAGUACAAGGAUAGUGCCAGAGACAGAGGAAUGCCAUGGUGGGAUAAAUUCAGGACAUUUAAAGGAGACAGUAGGAAUGAAGAGUUCUACACUCUUCCGUUCAAUCUAAAUCGAUUUUUCCCUCCGUCUUGAAUUGCGGCAGAGACUCUGUAAGCAGAAAAACAUGUUAGAGGAAAAACAUCAUUUCCAGUUCAGGAUUUCAUAUGAUGAAUGCAGCUGAAGUGAAGAAGAAAGAGUAUAAAGAAUCAAAUGUUCUCCUGCUUUCAUUGAUUCUAUGUAUAUGACUCGGCCUAUUCGGGUUCGUCAGAAUAAUCUAUUUAAUUCCAUUAUUUUCUCCAUUUA